AUGGACGUAUCAUGGAUGAGAAAGCGAGAUUUACACAUCCUGACGUCACACAUCUUCACGUACACGGGGGACGCGCGGUUCAGCGUGCUGCACCCCGAGCCCUCCGACGACUGGGACCUCAAGGUGGAGUACGUGCAGCCGCGCGACGCCGGCGUCUACGAGUGCCAGAUCAACACCGAGCCCAAGAUCAACAUGGCCGUCGUGCUUCAUGUUGAAGAUGAGUCCCACACCCCCGCGAGCCCGUCUCCGCCCCGAUCCUCAGCGGCGGCGGCGACCAUCUGGGGCUCGCAGGACGUCUACGUGAAGAAAGGCAGCACCAUCUCGCUGACCUGCUCCGUCAACGUGCACUCCUCGCCGCCGUCCAGCGCAUCUGUCCUCUGGUGAGAUGUCAAGUGUAAUAAAACGUAAUCACUUACAGUAGGAUGUCAGUAAUAACAGUAUAUUUUUUAAUAAUUCUUUUUCAAUCAAAAGGGCUUCACUUAUGACACACUUUAGACUAUAUGUUUUCAAGCUAUUAAA